AUGGUAUCAGUAAAGCGAAUCUUAACACCUGUGCUGGUUGUGCGGCCGACGGCAGAGACGGUGUACGAAGGCGAAGCAUACAACCUGACUUGCGAAAUAAUCGCCUACCCACGAGCCCAAGCUGGGGAUAUUACAUGGCGGCGCAACAGUCAGUUAUUGCGGGUUGAGGACCCUUCUACCGGUCGACUGGCCGCCUCGUCCACGUACGAUCCGGAGGGGCGCGUGCAUCUCCUCUCCGUGCAAAGCCAUCAUGAUACUCUCGCCUUCUCUGUUCUAACCUCCGCUGAUCGUGCAGUAUACGUCUGUUCCGUCCGGACCAGUGUAGGGAACAACAGCUAUGGCAUCUUUGUUCGCGUUAAAAGUUCAAAGUCGACAUUCUGGCCCCUUCUGGGUAUUGGUGUGGAACUGGUAGUCCUCACCGCCUUCAUUUUAGUCUAUGAACGAAAUCGUCGCAUUAAGAAGUCGAAACCAGAACCACCCACACAGAACGAUGGGCAGGCAUCGGGUCCCUCGAAGUCCUCUUCCCGAGAAUCGGGGUAUAUAGCUUUUCGUACUCCACAUCUGAUUCAUUUACAAAACUUCUUUCAGACCCUUUAUAAGGCAGGGAGUGGCAUAAAGGCACUGAAUUUUUUACACACUCCACCUCAAUAG